UAUAUGUGGUGUGCAUGCUGAACAGUGUAUAGCGGUCUUUAUAUUAGUCGUUCAAAAACUUUGUCAUUACUCUUGGUUUUCUAACAGUGAGAAUGAAGUGACUUUCUAACGUGUUUUAUCUAUUUUGAAGUUCGUGUACUAGUAGUAGGUACCGGUUGAGUUUGUUGUUUGACAGAUGUGAAUGUGUAUUGUCGUUUCUUAACGUAGACACAUAAUUUUGUUCAUUUUAUUUUUGUACAAUGGCAUUGCUUGUUUAACCGUGCUUGAUUCUUGUCGUCCGUGAUAACAAUAAUAAAAAACUCUUGCAAUUGUAUAAUAGGCAUUGUUUUCCAUAUAGUUUAGUAACCGUGAGCGCGCCCAGUCAGCACAAUGGGAACUCAAUAACAGUGAAUAUUCCCCACCUGAGGUCUGAGGCUGCAUCUGUAACGCGUCCGCGAGCACGUACAUUUGAGACUGACUAUCGGCACUUUCUCUCGCUGAUGCGUUGCGAGUCGGUUACUCAAUACGCGUUGUGCAAAGACUGGUUGAAGUCGCCGAGUCGAUGUCGAUAUUUUGUAACGGUAGUACUUAAUCUGUGAGGGUUGAUGUCGGUCGUGCGAGGCUGAGAGUAGCUGGGCCAGUGUUUGAUGUGUAAUGUGUAAAAGUUUGGUGUGAUGGUGGAACGCGAGGGUAUGCGACGCGGCAGCGGUGGCGGCUGUGGCUGGGGCGGCGGCGUGCUGGGCCGCUGGUCGCUACGCCGCCUGCUGCUUGACAGCCCACUCGUGGGCCGGAGGCUUGCACACACAGUAUUGGAGCAAGCAGACGGACGGCCCGCGAAAUUAAACAACGUAGAACAGCAAAGACAAACUACAGUAGAAUUUAUAGCAGAAGAUGAAGAGGGUGAUGGUCUCGAGUGUCCGCUAUGCCUGUCGGUGUUCAACUCGGCUGCAAUGGAGCGGCUCGCGUGGUGCUCUCACCGAUGCUGCGAGCCCUGCUUACGACAAUACCUUGCCAUCGAGAUCUUCGAGGCGAGGGUCCCAGUUAAUUGCCCAGUUUGCCACGAGAGCAUGCACCCCUCAGACGUUCGUCGCAUCGUAGACAACCCGGUGCUGUACGAGAAGUAUGAAGAGUUCUCAGUGAGACGCGCGCUCGCCGCCGACCCUGACACACGGUGGUGCCCCGCGCCCGACUGCAGUUUCGCGGUGGUGGCGACGGGCUGCGCGUCGUGUCCGAAGCUGACAUGCCUGGCGCCGGGGUGCGGCGCGUCAUUCUGCUACCACUGUAAGGCGGCGUGGCAUCCCACGCAGACCUGCGACGCCGCGCGACGCAGCCGAGCGCCGCCGCCGCGGGCGCCGCAACCCUCGCAUCCAGAUAUUGACCAUGGUGACGUGAAACCAUGCCCCCGAUGUUCCGUACUGAUAGUGAAGGUAGAGGACGGCUCCUGCAACCACAUGGUGUGCUGCGUCUGUGGCGCGGAGUUCUGUUGGCUGUGUAUGAAGGAGGUUUCAGACUUACAUUACUUGAGCCCUAGCGGAUGUACAUUCUGGGGAAAAAAGCCUUGGUCCCGGAAGAAAAAGUUGUUAUGGCAGCUGGGCACGCUGGCGGGCGCGCCGCUGGGCAUCGCGGUGGUGGCGGGCGUGGCGCUGCCGGCGCUGCUGGUGGGGCUGCCGCUGUGGGCGGGGCGGCGCGCGCACCGCCGCCUGCGCCGCGCGCCCCUGAGCGCGGCGUGCGAGACGCGGGCGCGCUGCGCCAGCCCGGGCGCCGUGCUGGCGGCGGGGGACGGCGCGUAA